GGGCCCAGUUCGGGGCCGGGGUCGCCAGCUCAGGAGUUGCCAGGCCGCACUUUCACCUUCUCUGUCCGCGCCUCCCCAGCGCGCUCGGACCAGCCGGACCCAACGGCCGAGCGAGAACCUGUGAGAGUCCAGGGACCUGUCUGCGUGAGGCCGCGCGACGGCGGCGGCGACUCCGGGCCAAUCAGCGCAGGACCGUGGACAAGGCAGCUAUGGUCACAGGAAUGGCAUAUGGGGACUGACUUCCAACGAGAGGCCCAGGGCUAGUCUGUAGAGAUCUACCUUCUGGCCAUCUUGGCUGCUGUUCAGAGAAGAUAGAGUCCCAGGAUGUCCAACUUCACACUUGGAGAGGCGGACGCAGACACCUGAGAAAAGCUGGCCAACUGUGAGAAGACGACCCUGGAGUUCGGGAACCAGCCGGAGCGCAAGUGGGCCGUGCUGGGGACGCUGCUGCAGAGGCGGCUGGAGAACAUGGAGAACCUGCUGAAAAAUAAGAACUCUGGGUCUUGCAGCUGUCCCCCGGCAGCAUGGCGGAGACCCUCAAGGUGCCCAUGACUGCUGAAGAUGUAGCCAUGUAUUUCUCAGAGCCUGGAAGACUGGCAGAAGGUGCUCUGCAAGGCCAUCAUGGAGGGGAACCACAAGACACCAGUUCCCUGGUUGCCUCUGACAUUUGAAGAUAUUGCCAUUUACUUCUCCGAGCAAGAAUGGCAGAAUCUAGAGGCCUGGCAGAAGGACCUUUACCGGAAUGUAAUGAGAGCCAAUUAUGAGAUCCUGGUUUCUCUAGAUGAUGGACUUCCCAAACCGGAACUAAUAUCCCAUAUUGAACAGGGGAAAGAGCUCUUCUGGAAUUUGGGAGAAACACAGAAAUCAGGAAACAUAAUUUGCUCCUCGGCUGAUCUGUAUUUUGAUUCAGUUAUUGAGGGACAGCAGUUUGGGGGAAGUCAGCAAGCCGUGCAUUCAGGAGAGCCUGAAUGCCAUUUUCAAGUGGAUCCUCUUCUGAGCCAGUGUCCCUCUGAACCCUUAUUAGGGAAAAGUGAAGAUGUUUCCUUCAGGCCCGACCAAGGUGUCACCCUCGUGAAGCCACACCAACACGACCCACGGGCUCUAAUCCCAGCUGGCCACUGCUCCAGGGAACCUACCCAAAGAGAAGGAGUCCCGAGUCCCAGAGCCCCAGGUCUCCCAGGCAUCCAGGAAACCCUCUCUGGGAAGGGCGCCCCGCACCCUUGUCCUGUCUGCGGGGAGAGCUUUUGGAAGAAGAACCACUUAGAGAAGCACAAGAGGAGCCACCCAAAAGACCAGCCGCGUGGGGCCUGGAAGAAAUUCAGCAAACAAGCUGACCUGCAGCCUCAGCGGGGACAGAGGCAUUUCCGGUGUCGUGAAUGUGGCAGGAGCUUCCGCCUGAAGAGGUAUUUGCUUAGACAUCUGGCCGCACACUCGGGGAAGAGCCCAUUGCAGUGCCCCGAAUGUGACAUGUGCUUCCAUCACAAGCAGACCCUCCUCAGCCACCACCUCCUGCACAAGAGGGAGAGGCCCCCCCAGUGCCCCAUAUAUGACAAGAGCUUUCUCCCGAAGAACAGCAUGCAGGCUCAGCGGGGCCAGCCCAGCGUGGGGAGGCCAGUCUUUUGCAGGGAAGGCAGCGGGGCCUUCAGUGUGAAGGCCGAGCUCAGCAGCGUGCACUCAGGGGAAAAGCCAGGCCCCUGCGCCGCCGGCGGAGAGCACUGCUUCCUGAGGGGGGAUGAGGAGACUCUGCAGCGCUGCCCCCCCAGGGGGAGGCCAUUCUCUUGCACAGAGUGCGACAAGUGCUUCUGUACCAAGGCCAAGCUCGCCAGCCACAUCAAGGGGCACACGGGAGAGAAGCCCUUCCCGUGCCUGGAGUGUGACAGGAGCUUGGGCCGGGGUGGCUCGCGGAGGGUCCGGCAGCGCGUGCGCAGUGGGGAGAGGCCGGUCUCCUGCCGGAAGUGCGGCGAGGCCUUCGCCAAACAGUGCAGACUCGCGGAGCACGGCCGAGUCCACAGCGGGGAGAAGCCUUUCUGGUGUGCUGACUGCGGCAGGCGCUUCCGCCAGCGGGGACAGCUGCUGCGGCACCAGCGGCUGCACACAGACGAGAAGCCCUUCCAGUGCCCGGAGUGCCCGCUGAGCUUCCGCCUGCAGAGCAUGUUGAGAGCCCACCGGCUGCGACACGGCGGGGAGAGGCCGUUCUCCUGCAGCGAGUGCGGCAGAGGCUUCACCCACCAGUGCAAGCUCCGUGAGCACCUGAGGGUGCACAGCGGGGAGAGGCCUUUCCAGUGCCCCGAGUGCAGCAAGAGCUUCCGCCUGAAGGGCGUGCUGAAGGCGCACCAGCGCACGCACAGCCAGGAGAGGCCGUUCUCGUGCGCGGAGUGCGGCAGGGGCUUCACCAGGCGGUCCAAGCUCACCGAGCACCUGCGCGUGCACAGCGGGGAGAGGCCCUUCCAGUGCUCCGACUGCGACAGGAGCUUCCGCCUCAAAGGGCAGCUGCUGAGUCACCGGCGCCUGCACACGGGGGAGAGGCCCUUCCAGUGCCCGGAGUGCGACAAGCGCUACCGCGUGAAGGCCGACAUGAAGGCCCACCAGCUGCUGCACCGCGCCGAGAUGCCGUUCUCCUGCGACUGUGGCAAGGGCUUCGCGAAGCAGUCUAAGCUCGUCGAACACAUCAGGACACACACGGGGGAGAAGCCUUUCCAGUGUCCCAAAUGUGACAAGAGUUUCCGCUUAAAGGCACAGCUGCUCAGCCACCAAGGCCUGCACACGGGGGAGAGACCUUUCCGCUGUCCCGAGUGCGACAAAAACUUCCGGGAGAAGGGACACAUGCUCAGGCACCAGCGCAUCCACAGGCCGGAGAGGCCGUUUUCCUGUGGCGACUGUGGGAAGGGCUUCAUUUAUAAGUCGAAGCUGGCGGAACACACCAGAGUGCACACAAAGCCCCGGGGCGCUGCGAACGGGCCCGACGUGCAGAAAAGGCUCAGCCAGCUGUUUGCAAUGAUCGAGGCGGACUGGAGCUGAGGCGGACGGGUCCCCCAGAGCGCCCCGCGGAGGCGGCCCGCCCGAGUCCUCAGCAGCCGUAGCCGGCUUUGAGGAGCAGGGGUCCUGUUUUGAGCAAGAAUGUAAUAAAAGUUAGGAAUAUCAGAAACCACAGAGGAUUGUUUGUCUUAAAGCAUCACCGGUUAUAUUUCCCAUCCAUUGAUAAAAAAGAGAUUUGUUCUUCCUGCCAUCUUAAGUGGUAAGCUUCUCCCAAAUGCUAAGCUAGCUUUGAAAUCUCAACUUGAAUUUAGACCGGAAACCCCUCCAGUACUGUUCACGAGGCUGAAAGGAGGGAUUGGCCGUGAAACGCCCUCUUCCUUUUUUCAUAGUGUGAUCCCAAACUGUGGGGUUAAAUCCGGUGGAUUUUGUUGCAGACCUCAUAUGAUAUUAGAUGUGGUUUUGAUUCAUUUAUUUUGAAACCGAUAGUAAUAGCAGUUCUCUGAAUCGUAGUUAUGUGAGGGCCGCAGGUUCACGGUGAGUGUGCGUAGUUCCCCCUGGGGAAAAGCUGGUAAUUUCAGGACAGUUUGGCUAAUGUGAGUUGAAGAAACGUAAAACUGAAGGUGCUCAGACGUAUGGGACUAGAAUUUAGCUAAGAGAUUGGGAAAGGUAGUGUCGAUUUUGGAGUUCCACAUGCUAUUUGGGGCUGAGAGAGUGAAUGCGAUUCCCCUUCAUAGAGUGAGCAGAUGACUGAAUCUGAGGUAAGACAAAAUGACAAAGACAAACAGCUUUAUCAGGGGAAAUUACAGGCAGCAACAGCAUACUGUGGAGAGUUUUCAAACGUUAAACGGGAAAAUAUGGCAUCUGGUGCGUUAGCACAGUGUUUAUGCUUCAGGGACGGAGUUGUAAUUCAUACAAAGGAUGCCUGACUUUCAGGGGGUUCAUUUUCAUGGAACAGAAUGGCCGACCUGAAGUUCUGGGGGAUGCUGGAAAGUGAGAUUGUCAGUGAACUGCAACUAGCAUUACUGUGAAACAAUGUACCACAGAUGAUUUCUCUGGAACACUAGCUCCAAAGGUAUUCUGAAAAAAAAAAAAUUACAUGGCCCAUUCGUUUAAAUAAAGUUAAAUAAUAAUUCGUUUAAAUAAAGUUAAAUAGUAAUUCUCCCCCUCCCGCACGUACACAGAGUCCUCUCCAAGAGGAAAAUGUAAUGUGUAGUAUAUUCUUGACCUUGGGAUUUUUUUUUCCUAAAACACUUACUGUGACCUUGUGGACACAGGAGUGUAAGACUCAUUUCGGAAAACACUAGUGAAGAAUAGUCCUGGCUCCAGCAAAGUAACUCUUAGUCUGUUAAGGUUGAGAAUCUCAGGUUUUAGAGGACAGAGGAAACAGCUUUAAGUCAGGGUAAACCUUUAAUUGUUUAGAGCACCCUCUUUCCUCCAGUGAUGGCACACUAACAAAGGUGAUUGAAAGUAGUAAGAUUAAGUCAUUUAGGCAGGUUUGUCAUCAGAAGCACAUGGUGAUGUCUGUUGUGUUCACAGGGUAGCCAGCCUCACACAGCAUGGAGAGCAUCAGCGUAAGCAAGGAAGGGGCGGUGGCCCUGCCCCGAUGAGCACCGUGGUGCAGGGACCCAGGGGAAGAGGAUGCGACUAUGAACCAGGUAGAGUUUUGAGGGAGACCAAAGGCCAGGGCCUCUGGUAUGGUGUUCUCACAUGUUGUCUGUUACAAUUGAAGGAUCUCAGCGAUAGUAAAAUGUCCAGUGUUUGAAUUUCGUUAGAAACUUGACAUGUUUUGGAGAAGAUUGAGAAAAAGCAUAAGACCCAGCUAGACUCCAGUGCCCCAGGCUGCUCACACUAAAAAUGAAAAAGACAGCAGAGUGGUGUUUAAAGAAUAGAGGUACUUCUGGGAAAGAAGGCAUCAUAAGCACAGGUUCAUAAAACUUGCCUUCCUGUCCUUUCCCAAUUCCUAAAAAGAAACAUCAAUGCUCAGCAUCCUGGUGAAAUCCCUGGCCUUCAAGAAUAAGGAAGAAUGCUCACAAGCAUUACACCCACCCCUACCCCCAAGGAGAAUCUUGUCACCGACAAAGGAAUAAUCUGGCCCAACAACGAAGAGCAUAUUAAAGGGACAAAAUGGUAAAAAUAUAAAAUAAAAUAAAAUCCCCAUUAAAGUCAAAAGGAAGA